UUUCCAAGACAAGUAAUGCAAGAAGAGAACGAACACGAGCCUCCACUAGUGAGUGUGACAAGGAUAAAAUGUAGUGAGAAAACUCUACGUCCCACAAUUCCAUGCAUUCUUCAUUUCACGGAGGUGACCUCCGUGACAGGACUGGAGUUCCUUUCGCAACCAGGGCAAGAAAAAACAAUCAGAGCAUGCUAUUCUUUAGCUUGGAUCAUUGAAAGGUGUUUGCCUCUGAAGCCAGAUACAGGGAUGGAGGCCGACGUGCACAAUAACAGUGUGCCGUUAGAGAACGGCAACCUAGCCCCUGUUGACCGUCUGCGCCGUGACAGGUCGGACAGUCCUACGCCAGGUCUGGUGGAAGGGACGGAACCAGGAGCCGGACAAGACAGCGCCAUGUUUGUACAUGCACAGUCAUUUGAGGACCUGACAGCAGAUGGGGAGCAGGAGCAAGAGGAGGAGGUGCAGGUGCCGGAGGGCGGGGACAGGUCUGAAAGAGGCCCAGAGGUGGAGAAGCCCAGGACCGAAGGAGAAGAAAACGAGAAGAUGCAGGGGCAACCAGGCGAGGAGGAGCAGGAGCAGGAGGAGGUUCAGUCAGGUGGGGGCAGGGUGAAGGAGGAGGACGUGAACAGCGAGGCCUGGCGGAGGCACCGGAAGCACGUGUUUGUGCUGAGCGAAGCGGGGAAGCCCAUCUACUCCCGCUACGGCACGGAGGAGGCGCUCUCCAGCACCAUGGGCGUCAUGAUGGCGCUGGUCUCCUUUGUGGAAGCGGGGAAAAACAUCAUCCGCUCCAUCCAUGCAGAGGGUUACAAAGUGGUGUUCCUGCGCAAGAGUCCCCUGGUUCUGGUGGGCGUGUCUCGAACCCGGCAGUCGGAGCGGGAGCUGACCCGCGAGCUGCUGUACAUCUACUACCAGAUCAUCAGCCUCCUCACGCUCACCCAGCUCAACCACGUUUUCCAGAUCAAGCAGAACUACGACCUCCGGCGCCUGCUGGCCGGCUCCGAGCACCUGACGGACAACCUGCUCAGGCUCCUGGACUGCGACCCGGGCCUCUUCCUGAGCGCGGUCACCUGCGUCCCGCUGCCCAGCUCCCUGCGCGACGUGGUGUCCUCCAGCCUGCAGGCCGCCAAGGCCAAGAACCUGGUGUUCUCCAUCCUGCUGGCGGGCAGCAGGCUGGUGACGCUGGUGCGCAAGAAGGACCAGUACCUGCACCACAUGGACCUGCACCUGCUGUAUAACCUGGUGGGCUCGUCCUCCUCCUUCCGCGAGGGCGAGGGCUGGACGCCCAUCUGCCUGCCCAAGUUCAACACCGCCGGCUUCUUCCACGCCCACAUCUCCUACCUGGAGCCCGCCUCGGACCUGUGCCUCAUCCUCAUCUCCACCGACCGGGAGGACUUCUUCACACUGUCUGACUGCAAGCGCCGCUUCCUGGAGCGCCUCCGCCGCCGCAGCACCUACCAGGCCCUGCAGGAGGCGCUGCUGGCCCCCAGCUACCCCGUGUCCCAGGUGGGCAUCCCAGAACUGCGGCACUUUGUGUACAAGUCCAAGAGCUCUGGACUUUACACCAGUCCUGAGAUUCCCAUUCCAUACCAGUCCGAGGAGGAGCAGGAGAGGCUCAUGGGACUGUACCAGUACUUGCACAGUCGCAUGCACCACCCGACACGCCCGCUACGUUUCAUCUACCACUGUGCAGAGAGGGAGAACCUAUUGUCCUGGGUAACGAGUGGCUUUGAGCUCUACCUGUGCUUCAGUCCCCUGGGGACGAAGGCUCUGGCUAUAUCCGCCAUCAAUAAGCUGCUGAAGUGGAUCAGGAAAGAGGAAGACCGUCUCUUCAUCCUCAGCCCGCAGACGUAUUGAGCUCCGCACCGCCCUCCACCAUGUCAGGAAAUGCACAGGCUGUCAUGCACACCCACUGCUGUUAAAGCCGCGAAACCACAGCCUUGAGCAAAACCCAUCAGAGCCCUAUUAUUCAGAACUGGGGCUGAGGUCAAAAGCGUAGGCCCUGUAGAUUGUGGCUUAAUUUCACACCUGCUGCUCAUGUGCAUUCGUGGCUUUUAUUGGUCGGUGGGGUUGCGUGUGCUGACUCAAUCACGGCUGACCGUGGGUCAGGGUUGCAGCCUGCGGUCAGUGGCUGGGUUCAGUGUUUACAUUUAAUCUGCUUCCUAGCUAAUAGUGAACCAUCUCGGCUUCUGCAGUGAUCAGGGUAUCUAGUAUGGGAGAGAUGCGUUGCUAAUGUUUAAAUUAAAAUGAUAGAAAUAAUAUAUAACAAGAAUAACAAUAUUGAAAAUUUGUCAUGAUGCAUAGUAGUUUAAUUUCUCACUGCUGUGCUUGCAUUUGGAGUUCCAAACAUUUUUUGCCUAUAAGUAGAGACCUGUCACUGUAAUAAGUUGCCAUGUGAACAUAUCAGAAAUACCCCUGUUGGUUAUUUUAGUGAGAAAAAAUAAAGUAAAGCAAACAAACGGGCACCAUGGGGAGCAGUUUUAAAAACUUGCUGGAAAUGCAUCAGGAGGACCAAGUAGUGUGCUUAUGAAUAUGUUCCAAAGAAUGUAACUACUUCAGAACAAUAACUGAGAAUUUCAUCACACCAGGACCUUUACAACUGUGAUGGAAACUUUAUUAACCUUUUUACUAUGUACACACUUUAUGUGCCUCUCCAUUCCAGGCUUGGUUUUAUUUUAUGCUUUUAGAGAGGACAUGAAAAGUGUGUUGUUUUUUCUUAAUUUCCGAUUAUGUAAUUUGUUACUUACAUUUUUCUGUUGCUGAGUGUGUGUCUUGUUAUCAAGGGGUUAAAUGGGGCCCUUUAAAAUUUGCACGUGUAUUUCCAUCAUGGACUAGCCUCCAUAGUCGACGCAUACAAGCAAGAUUGUUAUUUAUUACUAUACAGUACAUCUGCCCCCUUUCCCAUUCAGCUCAGCAGACCAGUAACUAUCUGUAUGUCUCACUGCAAACAUUAAUCUCAAUUUCUCUGCAGUUGUUACAGCACUCAGCAACAAGCCUUUUGUUUUAUUUUGAAACAAGGCACUUCAUAAUUUUAUGGAGUAAUAAAUUAGUCAUUUUGCUUUAUUGGUUUAUCCUUUCUUUAUCUCCCUUUAUGUCUCAACUAAUUCACUUCAGCUGGGCACUCGGACAGCAGUUACAGCGGAAGCUUGUGCUUAAGUUGAGGUUACUGCGCGACUUCGGACUGUCGUAAAGCUGUAAGUGUGUGGACAGGAGCAGAUAUGGCAGUAGCACCAGUGACCCAUGUCAGUGUGAGCCAUUCCAGGUCGUACUAGAAGUUUAUGACUAUCCUGAGUGGAAGCCACUAAUGGGCAAAUACCCUAAGCUGCUUCCAGUUACACCUGGGACCACUGAUACUGUUACACACUGCGAGUGCUCUGUACAUCCCUGUGUGACCACCUCUGCAUCGGGGCAGUUUAUGGUUAUUUCUGGGAUCAAGCAUCAAGGACUGUUCUUGAGGUCUUAAUAAUAUGAAUAAAAUUAUUAAACAGGUAA